AUGGCCACAGAGGUAGAAUUGAAACCUGUAAGUGAACAGAGUGAGUGCGUCCUAGGCAUGCAGGUGGACAAGAAGACCCGUCCCCAGAAAGUCCCAAGUCUGUGUUCCGUGCGCUACGGAAUGGCCUUCCUCGCACAUUUAAGCAACUUCACAUUCAUAGCACAGAAUUCCAUCAUAAGCAUCACUAUGGUAGCCAUGGUCAACAGCACAGACUACCAACCUCACCUCAACAGCUCCACAGAAGGGCUUCCCACCGAUUUAAAUGGUGACCAACAUGAAGCCUCGAAGCAUCUUUCUGUAAAGGCCCCUGUGUAUAACUGGAGUCCUCAAACCCAAGGAUUCAUCUUCAGCUCCGUCCAGUACGGCAUGAUGCUGAUGCAGGGUCCUGGUGGAUUCUUGGCUGGGAAAUUAGGAACUAAGAAAGUAGUCGGAGUUGCUCUGCUCGGGUCCUCACUGCUCACUCUCUUCAUCCCGUUGGCUGCCAAUCUCGGAUUAGCCGUUCUCCUGGCAACGCGAGCAAUCCAGGGCUUAACCCAGGGCGCUGGAUACGGGGGUCAAUUUGCACUCUGGCAGAAAUGGGCUCCUCCGAACGAACGCAGCCGACUCUGCAGCAUUGCCCUGUCAGGAAUGGUGUUGGGAAUCUUCGCUGUCCUCCUUGUGGGUGGCGUCAUUAGUGAAGCCCUUGGAUGGCCCUUUGUCUUCUAUAUCUUCGGAGGUAUCGGCUGUAUCUGCUGCCUUCUCUGGUUCAUUCUGGUUCAUGACGACCCCGCCUCUCACCGGUGGAUAAGUGGUCCAGAAAAGGAAUACAUCAUAUCCUCCCUGCACCAACAGGUCAGCUCAGAAGAGCAGCCGCUUCCCAUCAAAGCCAUGCUCAGAUCUCUGCCACUCUGGUCCAUAUGUCUUUGCACUAUGACUCACCAGUGGCUUGUUAACAUCUUUAUAAUAUACACCCCAACCUACAUCAGUUCUGUGUUCAAAAUUAACAUCAGAGACAAUGGGUUCCUGUCUUCUCUUCCUUUUUUCGUUGCCUGGGUCGUUGGUAUCCUGGGAGGCCAGCUCGCAGAUUUUCUCCUGAGCAAGAAUUUUAGGCUCGUAACUGUGAGGAAAAUCAUCACAAUUUUAGGAAAUGUCCCCCCACUAGCUCUCAUUGUGGCUCUGCCCUAUGUCCAGUCCAGCUAUAUCACAACAAUUGCAUUUCUGACGCUUGCCUGUGGAUUGAGUCCUCUGUGUCAGUCCGGAGUCUAUAUCAAUGCUUUAGAUAUUGCCCCAAGGUAUGCCAGCCUUCUUUUGGGAACAUCAAGAGGAUUGGCACAUUCAUCUGCUGUGCUGGUACCCAUUGUUGGUGGCUUUUUCCUCAAUCAGGACUCUGAAUUCGGGUGGAGGAAUUUAUUUUUCUUAUUGCUUGCCAUUAACCUAUUUGGCUUAAUCUUCUACCUCGUGUUUGGGAAAGCAGAUGUCCAAGAAUGGGCUAAAGAGAGGACGCUCACUCGGCUGUGA